AAUAACGACCAUCUGGAAAGCAAUCCUGCAGCUCCUGAUAACUUUACCGCCGCGUGGACUAAAAUGAAUCUCGAACUAAUACAUAUCCUUUCGAGCAACAUCCGUGAAGCAGUACUUGAACCUUUCUCUUCUACUCCCUCCACCAAUACCAUCGGUUCUACGAACACCGGCCCUGACUGCAUCGGCUUCAAUAGCACUCCUCCAGACCUCUCGGCCACUGGUUGGCUACCAUUUUGUAUACAAGAGUUUCGGUGA